UCCCAUCAAACACCCAAGCACUCCUCAAAUGCCGGAAGAGCGAAUUCUUCCCUACACCUACCUGCUACUCCGCCUUCCAUCGGGGGCUCCUCGAGUGGUACGACUUAUACCCGACGUCACUAUCUCGCUCGGGAAAUUCGGCUCUUUCCCUUCAAAUGCCUUACUUUACAGACCUUACAACCUUACCUUUGACAUUCUUGACCCCCCGGCUGCGGGAUUACGGCUUGUUUCGGCAGAGGAGGUGACACGAGACAUACUUGGAGGUGGUGAAGAUGCCGAAGCAGAAGGGACAGGCCAUUACGAUUUAGAGAUCGCAGGUGACUCGGAGGAGGAUGGAGGCGAAGUGAUGCGAACAAAUAAGGAGACCAUUGACGAUCCGCUCAGUCAGAAGUUGAGUUGGGUGGAGAUUGAGCAGCUUAAGAAACAGGGAACCGGUUCUGGAAGGGUAACAUCCACCUCCAUGUGCUUAGUCGAGUGUCCCGCUAACGCUAACUUGAGGAUCUGGUAGGACUUGAUUCAGAGACUGUUAGACUCACAUACAGCCAUCCAUCAGAAGACACCUUUCGCAUUGCAGAAAUAUACCCUCCGCAAGACUAAAAAGUUUCUUCGCCGAUUCACCGCUCUUCCCUUAACUGUUGCCUCAUUAAUAACCUACCUCCUCGAUACCAAGGAGCCCAUGAAAAUUCUCGAAAUGCGCAACGAAACUAUUGCCGUAAUGCUCUCCCUUGGCAAUGUCCAUUACGGUGGUCGCUACUUGGUGAUCGAUGAAUCUGGCGGACUACUAGUAUCGGCCAUAGCUGAAAGGCUCGGCCUACUAGAACACAUGCCCACGGAAUCCGAAGAGUCAAGAGAGGAAGACGCGGCCCGAAAGCGCUACCCAGAUACCCCCCUUCCCACUGCGAACACAAUAACCCUCAUUCACCCAAACGAGCAGCCAAACCUCUCACUACUAAAAUACUUUUCCUACGACACCAACAGCCCCAGUGCAUCCCAUCCGCUACACACGCAUCUCAGAACCUUAAACUGGCUACAACUGGUUGACCCAAACACCGACAGCUCCCUCGAAAAACCCGAAGAAAUUUCAGCCGAAACCCUGGCCACAAUCAAGGGAGGAAAGCGUGCGGCAUAUUGGCGCAAAUACCGUCGCUGGGAAAAAACAUCACGCAUAGUGGCAGAGGCUCAAAAAGGCGGUUUCGACGGCUUACUGAUAGCAGCGUUCAUGGACCUAAAGGGCAUUCUUCGACACACUAUUCCACUCCUCAAGGGCUCCGCACAAAUUGUAGCAUAUAGUCAGAACCGCGAAUCCGUGAUAGAACUCGCGGAUUGCUAUUCCGCAACGAGGAAAGCCGAGUGGAUGAACGAAGGCGAAGGCGAAGGGGUGAUGGAAGACCAAGAUGCAGUUGGAGAUCCAACCAUGGUGCUUGCGCCUACCGUACACGAAACGAGGGUUCGCAAGUGGCAGGUGUUACCCGGUAGAACACACCCUGUGAUGACUGCGCGUGGAGGGGCAGAGGGUGUGAUAUUUGCGGGCACUCGGGUGUUACCGGCUGAGGGGAAGGUGGAAGCCAGAGGGAGGUUCAGGGGGCAGAAGAAGAGAAAAAAUUAUGGUGAUGGCGACAGCGAUGAAGAGGCGGGUGCAGGUGGAGGUGGGAGAAGCGGUAUCAUGCCCACAUCCCCUCUUAAGAGGGUUAAAGCAGAAAUUUGAGUGUAUAAUAGCUGUAUAUGUCCUAGAAGCGCGUUUUGUGUGUGUGUGUGUUAGUGGGUGAAAAUCAAUGGUGUUAUGGCU